AUGAAGAAGUCAAAGCGACCUUACUAUUCGCCAAGCGAACGAAGUGUGGCUACAACAGUCAGCUCGCGCAGCGGCUACACCUGCGCUACUGCUUCUAUGUAUUCCGGUUAUUCAGACAAAAGUGACAGAGAUGACAGAAAUGUCAGAAGUGAUCAUUACAGGAACCCAGCUUAUGGUAAAAUCAAGCUAGGCCUAAAAAAGUCUAAUCCAGCUGCCAUAGUUCUCUGGGCAUUUCACAAGAUACCGUCACGACAAGGCUUAACUUCUCGAAGAGUUAUCGGAUUUUUAAAACAGCAUUACCAAACGCUAGACGACCCGAAGCGCACAGGCAAGUCGCUAAGUGCAAUGUUGAGAUGUGCUGUUGAAUUUGGACUGUUACAAAAACGGAAUAACAGAUUCUUCUUAGUGGCCAAAAAACGUUAG